AUGAAAAUAAUUAUCAAAACCUUAAGUGGAUAAACUUUUGAACUUGAAGUACAGCCAACAGAUUCAGUUCUAAAUAUCAAAGAAAAAAUUGAAAAGGUUAAAUAAUUCGAAAUCGCAUAAUAAAAACUUUUAAGAAAAGGAACUCUUUUAGUUGAUGAUUAAACUGUUGGAGAUUUAGGAAUCUAAGAAAAAGACUUUCUUGUUGUAAUGGUCAAUGUGAAAAAAGGUCCUCCUCAACAAUAACCUGUUUAAUAAUAGGCUCAAUAGCCACCUUAAUAACCACAACCGGUUUAACCGUAACAACCGAUUGAAGUGCCAAAACCACUAAACAAUCCAACUACAUCAAAUAUGGUGACUGGUUCAGAGUAUGAUUAAGCCAUCCAAAAUUUGAUUUAAAUGGGAUUUGCUAAAUCUGAAUGUGAAGCAGCAAUGAAGGCUGCCUUUAAUAAUCAAAAUAGAGCAAUUGAAUACUUAUUAAAUGGUCUUCCUGUAAUUGAUCAACCACCUCCACAGCCAGCUUUGAAUGCCAACUAGGUAGAUUAAAAUAUAUUGCAAUUGUUGAGAGAAUAAUUCAUGUAAAAUCCAUAAGCAGUUCUUUAGUCAAUACAAUAAUUGUAGCAAACAAACCCAUAAUUAUAUUAAUAAAUAUAAUAAAAUCCUGAAACUUUAAUCUAGUUGCUGAUGGGAGCUGGUUAAGGUGAAGGAGAUGAGAUUGAGACAGAAAUUACACAAGAAGAAGAAUAACAACUCAAUUAGUUGAUGAUGAUGGGGUUUUCAAAAGAAGAUGCAUUAGAAGGAUUUUUGGCUUGUGAUAAAAAUGUUGAGACAGCAGCUUCCUAUUUAUUUGAAAAACAAGCAAGAGGGGAUUUGUUAAGCCAACACUAUGAUAGAGAAGAGAAUAAUCCUGAAAACUAUAAUGAUGAAGGUAAUGAAGGUGAGGAAAAUGAUCAAGAUGAUGAUGAUUAAUAUUAUUGA